GGGAGCCGGUGACGUCGGGGGUCGCCUCCGUGCCAGGGUGGUGUGUUCAGAUCCGGGUCGGGCCCCCGUCGACUCACGCUCUCCCCACGGGCCAGAGCACCGCUGGCCUUUCUCCUGAAACAUUUGGUCCAGGGCUGCCCGCCCCCUUUCAGAUCUCUAGAAACACCCAAUACAAGCUACUUGGUAAUGCAGUCAUACUGGGCCAGAGCUUUAUAUUCUUACCUCCUUCCUUCUCUUUUGUAUUGUUUUGGGGGAUUUUCUUAAAAACUAUGAAUUCACUGCAGUUCUGCACUGAUACUCUUUCUGAAGCAGAGCCCCUGGUUUAUUACUCAGCCCCACUGAGGGACAUUGGAUUCAGUUUGCCUCCUGCUCAGAUGAGGCCCUCAGUGCCUUUGGUUCCUUGGAGCCUUCCUGCCCAGGAGCCUGCCCUGGUCUCAGUGCAGCUCCUGUCUGGCAGGGGCUGGGUUUUUCCCUUCUAUAGCUGGAAAUGAACAAAUUUGAUUGGAAGUUGAUCAGCACCAAUCAGACAGCUGGGAUCGGAGUGCCCACCCUCUUGGCAGUUAUGAAGCCCAACUGGUGCAUUCCCCAACCCCCCCACCCACCUUGCUUCAUGCGUAUAGUUUGGAUUGUAAAUGGACUGACUUUAUUGGAGCUCUCACAUGGGUGCCAACCAACUAAAAGCACCAGUCAGCUCCACAGGUUCUGCUUUGCCAUACACAGAAGGCAGUGUGUAAAGCAGUGGCCAUCAACCAUGCUCCACACUGCGUGGUCCCAGGAGUCAGUGACCUUUGAGGAUGUGGCUGUGUACUUCACCCAGAAUCAAUGGACCAGCCUGGACCUUGCACAGAGGGCCCUGUACAGGGAGGUGAUGCUGGAGAAUUAUGCAAAUGUGGCUUCCCUGGCGGAUUUUCCAAUCCCAAAGCCAGAUCUAGUAUUCCAGCUGGAGCAAGGGGAAGCACUGUGGGACCUGGAUCCCUGGAUGCAUGGGUUGGGAGAGGCCCCGAAAAGCGUCUGCACGGGUGGUAAAACCAAGACCAGGAAUGAGGAGCAAACUCCAAGGCUGAACAUUUCUAAUGAAUCUGAGUCCGAUAGACUAAUAGUGGAGCGAGUGCACCCUGACUUUAAGGACAGCUCAGAGAAACUGCAGCUGUAUGACACAGGGAACAAAACAAACUCAAAGAAAGGAAAUUUCACUCAACUGACAGCCCGGGAUCAUAAAACCUCCACUGUUGAAAAAGAGGAGACAGCCAGGAAAUUGGGAGGAGCCAGUGAUGUCAGCACACACCUCAUUACAAAGCGGCGCCUCUCUAGAGAACAGGUGUUUUAUAAAUGCGGUGAGUGUGGCAGAUGUUUCCACCAACAUUCAGACCUUCACCAGCACCAGAGAAUUCACACUGAUGAAAAACCCUACAAAUGUAAAGAAUGUGGGAAAGCCUUCAGAUAUAAUUCAAAACUGUCACGGCAUCAGAAAAUCCACACUAGGGAAAAACCAUACUCAUGUCAGGAAUGUGGACAGACCUUCAGCCAAAAUUGCCACCUCCUGCAGCAUCAAAAGCUACAUGGGGGAGAGAAGCCCUAUGAAUGUAAGGACUGUGGAAAAACCUUCAGCUAUAAUUCAAAACUUACUUUGCAUCAGCGAAUCCAUACUGGAGAGAAACCCUUUCAGUGUAAGGAAUGUGGGAAGUCUUUCAGGUGCAGCUAUGACUGCAUCAUCCAUGAGCGAACGCACACUGGGGAGAAGCCCUACGAAUGUAAGGAGUGUGGGAAAAGUUUCAGUUUGAAUUCAGUCCUGAUUCGGCAUCAGAGAAUCCACACUGGGGAGAAACCUUACAAGUGUAAAGAGUGCGGCAAGGCCUUCCACCGGAGCUGGGCAUUCCUUCAGCACCAGAGGUUCCACACUGGGGAAAAGCUCUAUAAAUGUAAUGAAUGUUGGAAAACUUUCAGUUGUAGCUCACACUUUAUAGUACAUCAGAGAAUCCACACUGGGGAGAAACCUUAUGCAUGCCAGGAGUGUGGGAAGGCAUUCAAUCAGAAAAUCACCCUAGUUCAGCAUCAGCGUGUCCACACUGGCGAGAAACCUUAUGAAUGUAAAGUGUGUGGAAAAGCCUUCAAAUGGAACGCCAGCUUCAUUCACCACCAGAAGUUGCAUACUAGGAAGAAACCCACCCAAGUUACUGUGCCAUCUGCAGUUAAACCCCACCACCCCUCUUCUGGGGCAGUACCCCUCUCCCCACAACCUCCCCAAUAUGUGUUCUCUGCCCCAGCCAUGCCAGGGCCUACCCCAACUUCACAUGCAGUGCUCCUUCCUCUCUCUACACCUCUUUUCCUGCUGCUCCCCAUACCUGAAAUGGUCAGUUCUUCACCGGUGCAAAUAGUGCAUUUCUUUCAGGAUUUUACAUCUGGGAAGUCAUCUCCUCAUAGCCUGACCCCUUUAUCUCGCACCCUGUAAGCUAACUUAAUGUUCUCAACUCCCAUUGUACCUAAGUUACACUGGCUGCUGAUCAUGUCUUCUUUGAUACUCGUCUGGUCUUGUAUAAGUCAUUAUUUUCCCAAUUCCAUUUUAAAUUCUCCACUUACGGGCCAUGUUUGAUUAUUGACUUCAGUCCCCUAGGCAGAAAUGGUAGUAUUUGCGCAUUUCAGUGUCCACUUUGGGCCUAUACCAUCAGUCUACCUACUUUCUCUGCUGGAAUUGGAAGUUUGCAGAACUUUUUUUUUUUAAAGCUUCUAUAUCUGCUGGUUUUUUUUUUUUUUUAAGAUUUAUUUAUUUAUGCAUACAAGAGCUGGGGUACAGGCAGAGAUGCGGGGGGUGAGAGGAUUCACCAGAGACAGAAUGGGGAACAAAACAGGCAGACUGACUGAAAUACACUGCUGAGGGGAGCAGCGGGCAAGAUGGGAGAGGUCUGCUUCACCAUGUGGAUUUCUCUCUGGCUGGCCGGGGAUUGAACUCAUGCUGCAGAGGCUGCAGACUGCUUCAUAGUGCGAUGUCCAACCCCUUGAGCCACGAGGGAGGCCCAUUGCAGAACAUUUUGAGUUUUAGGAGUAUGACAUUACAAUGAGAUGGGCCAUAGUAAUUUGUGAAAUAGGAGCUAGGCAAAGUUCGUGGGAGGAGGGGAUCAGAGAGUGUAUCUAGUGGUUGCUUUCAGGAUUAAGGAGGGCUACUGGAGGGCCAGUAGCAAGGGUCACUGGGGAAUCAACUUUGGAUUUUUUUUAUUACCUUGAUAAUAACCAUUAGAAGGAUCUCUGUAAGCAACAGACCAUAGGAACAAUCAGUGAAAAGAAUAUGAAGCGAUGCGUUGGCAUUGAUAGCAAUAAUGUAAAAUUACAUCUUUAAACUUAAUUGGAAAGGGACUGUGGCUCUUCUAUUUGGAUUCCUCUUUUUAUUCGUAUGUUUAAUUUCAGUACCCAAUUAAAUGUGUAGGUAUGAAAAGUGACUUGGGCUUGUGCAAGUUAGGGCAGGUGUCUGGGUGUAGUAAUCUAAGUUAGCAUCACACUGGUGAGCCCCAGAGAAAAAAGAAACCCAGUAAUGGCUUGCUGUGUUCCUGCCUCAGAAGUGGGACCAUUCCUGAUGACUCUUACACACGUUCUUACACCUGCUUCAUGUCCCCUGUGAUCAAGUCUGAGUGAUGGUACUUCUAAAAUAAUUUUACAAUGAGCUACUUGGGUAACACUAAGAAUAGUUAAGGACACAUCUGCCAAGUGUUCAUUUGUCACUGAUUUUCCAUACUUUCCAUCUAGUGGCUAGAGACCUUGACCGUUCUCAGAAUCACUGCUUCAGGACAGCCCCGCAGCAUGGAAAAAAGAGGUACUUUAAGUAAUAACUUGGGAAGGCAGUGCUAGGAAAGUGAUAUGUAUACUAUUAUAAUACCAUAAAGUAGGUCUGCAAGGAGGGCAUCGACAGGCUUUUAAAAUACUUAGUAUUUAUUUGAGGCCUCCUCUGUGAAAGGUGCUUUACAUAUAUCUCAUUUAAGCCUCACAUCCAACAUUGAUCCAGUGUCAUCGUUAUUCCCACUCUACAUAGGGAAAAACCAAGGUUCUGACUUGUCCUUUUUAUCUAGGAUGCCUGGCGAUUUUAGUUGGUUACCGAAAAGGUGUGCCCUAAAAACACCUCCCACACCGCUAGGUCCUAGGAAGCUGAAGGACUUGAAAAGGGCAGAUGGAAACCAUGAUUUCCUAAGUACUGCUCAGCCUAGCAUCUA